UUUUUAUUUCAAUUGGAAGAGAUCAAACAGUGUAAACAGUCUAAAUAAAAAUUGCUGUAACGGAACGCAGACAGUUUCAAUCAAUGCGCAUAUUUACCUUGUUCAUUGACAGGAUUGUCAUUGAGCAUUCUUCUAGAUAUACCCAGAUGAAACGUUCCACGUUAUUACCAAUAUGACUUCAACAAGAACAGUGGACAAGCUUUCAUUACUGUACAUUCGCUAGAGAAGUUGUUGCUCGGAUACAUACACCUCUCCUGACUGCGCAAACCUAUAGUCCUUGAGGCACAUAUGGAGCUCAUCGUGCACACCUCCGCAGUCCCACCGGCUUUGGGUUUACUUGAGCUUCCUCGUGUAUGGCAGACUGAUAAAAAAAAAUGAAUAGCUCUACUUUAAUUAACUUAGUGUUUUAUGAAAAUACUGUAGCCUAUAUUGGAUUUUAUACAGUAGCCUAAAUGUAAAGGCCCACCUUAAGAUAAGCUUUUUAUCAAAAUGUAUCCACUAGAAUUCAGAUUAGAUUGUAAUGUGUUCUGCAUAGUGUUUUUUUUUUGUUGUUGGAUUACUAUAGAGACAAUUAUAAUUGUUAAUUCGGUUAAAAACGCAAUGAGUAUAAAGGUAGCGUCAUGUGUCUGACCAAUUUUAAAAUAUUGGCCUAGGACUAGGUCCUAAUAGCUGAGUUAUAGUAUAGUAAAGAGGAUUUAUACAUCUACUGCUUUGUACAUUUUUAUAAAUAACAGUUCAUCUUUAAUAUGAGCAUAAUACACAUUCGUAAAACCAAUGCCUAUAUUAGUUAGAAUUGUUGCAUGCUUAAAAUAUCAUGCACCAAUUAAGAUAUCAAAUUCUGAUAUGUCAAAUGCUGACAUCCUCUGACCCCACAGAGCGCCUGUCUUGUGCGAUUUCAAAUGAUGUCACACGAAACCACAAGGGGAACUCAGAUUUGCCAAAAGCUUUACAGUUAUACAAGACUCCGGCCACCAAAGAACAGCUCCUUUGCGACGCGGGUAAGACCAACGUUAUCGUAGCAGUAGCCUAGUAGAUGGGCCACAAGUGGAGAAUUGAUGGAAGAGAAUUGAGCAAUUAUCUACUUUACUUUUUCUUCUUGGGCGGUGACUAUUGGUGAGGUCUUGGCUGCGUUAUUGACUCAACACGCCUUAUUGAGCAGUCGUGCUAGACAUAAGUGCUGGUUUUCCGGAAUCAACGCAAGCGAGAACAGUGAGGGGGCUCUCGUCGACUCCGAGUGUGCCGAAUGAUGUCCUUUCUGUCGGGGCAGUGAGAAGGAAUCAAAGGUAUCUACAAAAGGACCACCAACGCCUGCUUUUCAAAGGUGUUGUUUUGAGAGUUAUGGACAGUGCGCUCUACCACUCAGCGGGAAUUUUCGGCACCCCCUCGGCUUCUAGAAACUUGACUGCGGGCGGAAACAUGAUCACCUCCACCAAGCCUCUCGCUUUUUCGAUCGAACGGAUUAUGGCCAGGACGCCCGAGCCAAAGUCGAUACCUUUCCCCAACCUGUUCCAUCACACUCCGGUGGGCAAAGCGGACCCGAAGCAGGCGCUCAACAUGACUUCAUCAUCACUGCAUUGCAUGAUACCAUUAGUGCCAUUGGCAUACGAACCGGGUCAUAAACUAAAUAUGAAUGGAUUAGAUACGAGUCACUUUGACGCUUCCUCGUAUAAUUCAAAUGAGUUGGUCAGCAUUGGUUUGAACUAUAAGAACGAACAACCAGAUCUGAGCUCGUCGGUGGGACAAUACAAACUUUUUCGACCACGGGUGGUAAACCAGUCAUCUUUUCAUGCCAUGGGAGCUGUGUGCUACCUGAACUGCGGGCAGAGUGCAUGCCCACCCCCAGCCAGCAUCGUAAACAUCCACCCCAUGGCCUCCUACUUUCUCAACACUCCACUGCAGCAUGCACGCCAGAGAGCUUUCCUCGCGGAGAAAAAUAAAGUGUCUCACUGUGCAGACAGAUACGCAUCCGGAGUUAAAGACAUUUCCCAAACUCAACUCCAUCACUACAUGAAAGAGAGCGCACAGAUUAUAUCGGACAAACUAUUCAAGGGCUCUUCCAAAUUGAACAGUGGUUGCCCAAGCGGCAAACCCAAAGUAUUCACCUGCGAGGUUUGCGGAAAGGUGUUCAACGCCCACUACAAUUUAACGCGCCAUAUGCCCGUGCACACUGGAGCGAGACCAUUCAUCUGCAAAGUAUGCGGCAAGGGAUUUCGACAAGCAAGCACCCUUUGUCGCCACAAAAUUAUUCAUACUCAGGAAAAGCCUCAUAAAUGCAACCAAUGUGGAAAAGCGUUCAACCGGAGUUCAACUCUUAACACUCACACACGAAUCCAUGCAGGUUACAAACCCUUCGUCUGUGAGUUCUGCGGCAAAGGAUUUCACCAAAAAGGUAAUUACAAGAACCACAAAUUGACGCACAGCGGGGAGAAACAGUUCAAAUGCAACAUCUGUAACAAGGCCUUCCACCAAGUGUACAACCUGACGUUCCACAUGCACACGCACAAUGACAAGAAGCCCUUCACGUGCCCGACUUGCGGCAAGGGAUUCUGUAGGAACUUUGACCUGAAAAAGCACAUGCGAAAACUACACGAUCUCUCUGGAUCCCAAUCCCCUGCCACUCUCACCACAGGCGAAACUGACUAAAAAGCUCAGAGGCUAAAAUGCCAACCAUGCGCCUUUACGCACACUGAUUUGCCCAAAUCUGGAAUUACGCAUGCGAGUUUAGACCGCGCAAAGAUGCUGUGGACUAUUCUAUUAGUACAUAUUUUCCUUGAAUUUGACAUUAUAAUGUCACUAUACUGUUGUUUUAAAUCUCAGGAUUACUGUAAAAUGUCGAUAUUUAUUUGAAACUUUAUAGGCUAAUAAUUUAAGAGAAUAAUUGAAGACUGUACAAAUUAUGUUUUGCUGUGAUAAGUGUGGUAGCCUACCCCAUUUUAUAUGAUGCCCUUGAUAAAGUUACAAGAUUUUCCAACACUUGUGUAUAUGCAAAGUUUUGCAGGAAACGAGUGUCUUUGACACAACCUAUAGGCUAUGUUUUUAAACAGGUGCACAAACUCAAUCAUUUAAGUUAUGAAAAUAAAAUAAUGACAAUAAAAUGAAACUCUGUACAUGUCAUAUUGUGUCCGAUAUCCUAUUUGACUGACAUGAUUAAGAAAAGGAGUUCCAUUAUUUAGAAAGUGAUGAACAUAGCCUAGGCCAAAAUAUUGCAUGAUGGUGAGAGGAAAUAUUCGGGUUAAUAAUAACAGUAGUAGUAUUAGUAGUAAUAAUAAUAUCCUAAUAUAACUUUACUGUUAUUAUUGUCAUCAUCAUAGGCCUACGAUUGUUGUAGUGAUAAUUAGGUCUAUAUCAUCUAUAUGGAGGAUAAUCAGUGCCACUUUAAAAAUGACAUGCUAAAUUGGAAUAUCAAAAUGACAAAUGCAUUUCUAUUUUCAUAUCAGUGUGCAUGAUUCGUGUCACAAUGAAUUGCCGUGUUAACAUGACAAUCGAAAAUGCUAAAUGAAAAUGCUAAAUGGUACAUCGAAAAUGGAAAAUGGUAAACAGAAAAUUCUAAAUGUAAUGCUCAAAGUGAAAUGGAAAGUGCUUGUUUUUAUUUUUCAACUGCCCAAUGUACAAUUUUCUCUUUUCAUUUUCAAAGUGUAUGCAAAUUGUUUCCUGGAGGCUGAACCACGAGAUCAACAUGACUCCAUCGUGCAUUGCUACAUCCUAGCUCUGUAUAUUGAUUUUAGCGUAAACAACAGGGUUCAGACCCGAUUACCUUUACACCAAAAUAACAUUUGGCAUGCUAACCCAAAGCCUAGGCAAUUUAUCUUGGUGAGCCAAUGCAAUUUUUCUUGUCUCAGGCAAAGUUACUCAACAUCAGACAUCGUUACUCAUCACAGGUGCUUGGUCACUGAACCACCUUUGUUACA